GCCGCGCAGGCGCAGUGGCGCUGGCCGGCCGCAGGCUCGAGGGCCUCGCGCUCCUCCUCCUCCUCCCCCCCUUAUAUAUAAGGCGCGCUCCCGCGCGCGCUCCCUCAGUCUCCUCCGCGCCCCCGCGCCGUGAGGAGCCGCCGCGGCCGCGCUCGUCGCCGCCAUGGGGAGGAAAUCGAGCAAAGCCAAGGAGAAGAAGCAAAAGCGCCUGGAGGAGCGAGCGGCCAUGGAUGCCGUCUGCGCCAAGGUGGAAGCCGCCAACAAACUUGAAGAUCCCCUCGAAGCUUUCCCAGUUUUCAAGAAAUACGACCGGAACGGUUUGAACGUCGCCAUCGAGUGCAAGCGCGUCUCCGGGCUGGAGCCCACCACCCUCGAGUGGGCCUUCGAGCUGACCAAGGCCAACAUGCAGACACUGUACGAGCAGAGCGAGUGGGGCUGGAAGGAACGGGAGAAGCGGGAGGAGCUGCGGGACGACCGGGCCUGGUACCUGAUCGCCCGCGAGUCUGGCGCCGGCCCUGUCGCCUUCUCCCACUUCCGCUUCGACGUCGAGUGUGGUGACGAGGUCCUCUACUGCUACGAGGUGCAGCUGGAGAGCAGAGUCCGGCGGCGAGGACUGGGCAAGUUCCUCCUACAGAUCCUCCAGCUGGUGGCCAACAGCACGCAGAUGAAGAAGGUGAUGCUGACUGUCUUUAAACACAACCACGGCGCCUAUCAGUUCUUCCGAGAAGCGCUCCAUGCGCUGGCAACGUGCCGGGGCCGGGCGACGCGGGCAGGCGGGGCAGGGGCAGCCGAGAGAGGUUCGAGGUGGACGCCGCCUCCCCCAGCGUCUCCGGCUGUUGCGGGGACGAUUCCUCCUACGAGAUCCUCAGCCGUCGCACCAAGUUCGGGGAGAGUCACCCCCACCCCGGGGGGGGACACUGCGGGGGCUGCUGUCACUGAGCCCCUCCCCCACCGCUUUCUGUACCCAAAUCUCAAGGUUUUGCCCCCAAAACACCUCCUCACCUCGGGGAUGGGUACCCAACCUGCCUGUAACCCCCGCCUCCGGUCACCGAAUGGGUGAUGGGGGGGGGAGGACAUGACACACAAACCCCCCCACCCCAUCCCCCUCCUGGGGUGGGGGGGGCUCAUUGGGGGGCUGGGGGAGGGGCAAUGGUUCAUUUUGGGGCUGGAAGGGGAGGUUUGCCCAUUUUGGUUGUUUAUGGUGCCUCGCAGGAGUCGAGGCCCCUUCCCCCCACCCCCUGUUUUUUUUAUUUUGUUUGUUUGUUUGGUUGGUUUUUUCAGCGAUUUCGUUUGUAUGUAACAAAUAAAUAAUAAUAAAAGUUUAA